UUGGAAUUUUCUCGGGAAAAUUUGGGACCUCUGUGAAAUGCUUUAAAAUUUUUUGGAACUCGUGAAUUGCGAUUUCAGCGUCGCGUUUUCAGCUCACGAUUUCGCUGAUUCUGCUUUCGAUUUUUGAGAAUUUGGUGGCCUUUUUUACUCAAGCAUUGUGAAGGUUAAUGGAGGAUAAAAACAAAGGGAGUGAGAGAUGGAAUGGAGCGAUUACCAAUCUCACGGAGAUGUCUUCCAAUCUGGAGUCGCUUCAGAAGCUUCUCCUCAAGAAAGCAGUUUUUGUCGAUGAAGAAACCUUUGCCAAAGCCUCCCUCAGCUCAGAACAAGCCCGAACUAUCAAGGUUCUUGAACAACGGGUGGAGACUUUAGAAAGAGAACUUGAUGCUGCCAUUACAGCUGCUGCUCGUGCUCGUUCAGAAAAACGACAGGCUGAAGCAGUACAAAAAGCUGCUGAAUUACGGGCGCUAGAGGUUACAAAAGAACUCGAGAAUACCACAAAGGUGUUUGAACUGCACAUGGAGGAGUUGCGUGCAAAGCAGGAAGAAAUAUCCAAGCGUGAUAAGGAAAUUAAACUCUUGGAAGCUAUAAUUCAAACGCUUGGAGGAACAGAGUCACAUUCGAGAAAAGGGUGAAAUUGUCUUUUAAUUCAAACCUUGUAAAUUUGUGAAGUUUAAGAACUGUGAAUGUAUACACACUCCUGAAUCUAGAUUGCUUUGAUUAUACAA